UCUGUCUGUCAGUCAGUCAGUCAGUCAGUCAGUCGGUAAGCCAGUGACGGACAUCAGAACCGGAGCAGUACCGGAUCAUGCGCGUUCUCAAGAAGACCUGACAGCUGCACGCGGCUCGGUUCCGGUGUCAGCGGACGGGAUGGACAGUGGCGAAAGAAAGGAUGUGAAGCUCUCAGCUGAAGUCGAGCCGUUCGUUCCUCAGAAGAAAGGUGUUGAUCCUUCAUUAUUACCCAUGAGUCUGUGCGGUGAGGGUGGAGCUGAGCCCACACAAAUCCCCUCCUACCUGAUCACCUGCUACCCAUUUGUACAGGAGAAUCAGAACAACAGCAGUAAUCAGUCAUUCAGUCGACAGCUGCCCGUGUACAGCGGAGAUCACCGAUGGCCGCAGGUGAACCCGAGCCCAGGCGGACCGUACCUAGCCUACCCCAUCCUGUCCUCCCCUCAAGCCCCCGUCAGCAGCGAUUACGCCACAUACUAUCACGCCGUCAUGCCCACGCCGUGUCCUCCUGUGGUGGGUUUCUACCAGCCGUUCCCCGGGCCGUACGCAGGGUCGCUGCAGGCCGGCGCAUUAAACUCUGUAUCAGACUGCAGCGACAGAUCGGUAGCACAGGGUCAGAGAGGGAGAGGCGUUUCACGAGUGCCCAUCAUGCACAAGCAGCCGGUGAAUCAGCCAAUGAGAGUCAAGCGCCCCGUGAUGCGGAGUGUGGCGGUACAGAAGGAAGUAGGGGCAGCUGGACCUGAUGGGAGAUCCAAGACAGUGUUGCUGGUGGAUGCUGCGCAGCAGACGGAUUUUCCAGGCGAGGCGUGCGGCAGAUCGGAUCAGUCAAAUUCAUUGCAGUGGAAGAAUAAAGCCCGACGCAGGCGCACAUCACAACAAGAGUCAUCCAGUGAGCACGGAGCCAGCGAGGCCGACAUCGACAGUGACAGCGGCUACUGCAGCCCCAAACACAACCAGGGAGGUGUCAGCGUUUCAACCGGUCAACAAACAGCUGCGGUGGCUGUGGACGCAAGUGUCAUGACAGCAGUUAGCUGGGGAAAUGUUGGAUCGCACAACAUCCAGAAACCAUGGGCGGACAGAUCUGUGUCGUACCAGAGAGGCGGCAGAACCCCUGAGCAGAGGAACUAUACACAGCAGGAGAUUCAGACGAGUUUUGGAGGUCGUGCAGGAGUCCAGAGGAGAUCACAGCUGUCUGCACUCAACACCCCAGAGACUCACAACACACACCUUACACCUGAGCCACUGUACUUUCAGGAUGAAGAGGAGUUUCCUGAUCUGAACACAGGUGGUGCUGCUCAACGUAAUAAACCAGAGCCAGCACAGCCCAAACUGCCCAAGACCCUGCUGGAUAACCUUCCAGAGAAUUCACCCAUCAGCAUUGUACAGACACCCAUUCCCAUCACCAGCUCAGUACCCAAAAGAGCAAAGAGUCAGAGGAAGAAAGCACUCGCCGCUGCUCUGGCCACAGCACAGGAGUAUUCAGAGAUCAGUAUGGAGCAGAAGAAACUUCAGGAGGCGCUCUCAAAAGCAGCAGGAAAGAAGAGCAGGACUCCAGUACAGUUAGAUCUGGGCGACAUGUUGGCAGCACUUGAGAAACAACAACAGGCUAUGAAGGCGAGACAGCUGAACAACACCAAACCACUGACGUACACAGUUGGGACAGUAGGAGCUCUACACACUAAAGAUAACACUUCAUUAUCAGCCGUCAAACAUUCAUACACCCAACCACACAACAUCCUGGACUCCACGGCUCCUCGUGUCAAGAGAGGAAAAGAACGAGAGAUUCCCAAAGUCAAGAAGACGACCGCCAUGAAAAAGAUAAUUCUGCAGGAGCGUGAGGUGAAGAAAGGCAAGAGUUCAACAGAUCAGAGUCUAUCUGGUGCUGAAGAUCAGAGAGACCCUGAUACCCUUACACAGGAACAGGAUGAGAACGGUCUGAGCGUGCCCAGUGAUGCAUCUCUGUCUCCAGCGAGUCAGAAUUCUCCAUACAGCAUCACUCCUGUAUCUCAGGGAUCACCGGGCAGCUCGGGCAUCGGCAGCCCUAUGGCUACAUCUGCCAUUACCAAGAUACACAGCCGCAGGUUCAGAGAGUACUGUAAUCAGGUGUUAAGUAAAGAGAUCGAUGAGAGCGUGACGCUGCUCCUGCAGGAGUUGGUUCGGUUUCAGGAGCGUGUCUAUCAGAAAGAGCCCAGUAAAGCCAAAUCCAAGCGAAGACUCGUGAUGGGAUUGAGAGAGGUCACCAAACACAUGAAACUAAACAAGAUCAAGUGUGUCAUCAUCUCACCUAACUGUGAGAAGAUCCAGGCUAAAGGUGGUCUUGAUGAGGCUCUUUAUAAUGUCAUCGCUAUGGCAAGAGAACAGGAAAUCCCAUUUGUGUUUGCUCUGGGACGUAAAGCUCUCGGUCGUUGUGUGAAUAAACUCGUGCCUGUGAGCGUCGUGGGAAUAUUUAACUUCUCUGGUGCAGAGGAUUUGUUUAAUAAGCUGGUGUGUCUGACUGAAGAGGCACGGAGAGCGUAUAAAGACAUGGUGAACGCUCUGGAGCAGGAGCAGGCUGAGGAGGCCCUGAAGAACGUCAAGAAGGUCACGCAUCACAUGGGGCACUCCAGAAACCCAUCUGCUGCCAGCGCCAUCUCAUUCUGCAGUGUCAUCUCUGAACCCAUCUCAGAAGUCAAUGAGAAGGAAUACGAAACUAACUGGAGGACUAUGGUGGAGAACACGGACGCCCCAGAACCACUCGGGUCUGAGCUCAGCGGCAGGGCCGCCAUCAGAGAACCCGAGGUCACGACGCCUGCCCCGCAACCAUCGCCAGCCCCGACCCCGGCGGCCGCUCGAGCUCCAGAGAGAGAGGAGUCCCGCACGGACGACCGUCUGGAGUGGGCAUCGCAGCGGAGCACAGACACGGGCUCGCUGGACGGCAGCUGCCGCGAUCACCUCAACUCCUCCAUCACCAGCACCACCAGCACACUGGUGCCCGGUAUGCUUGAGGAGGAAGAGGAGGAGGAAGAGGAGGAAGAGGACUACCCCCCUGAACCCAUCUCUGUGCAGGUGCCGCCGCUCAGCUGCAGGAUCGAGUCGUGGGUCUCCAAAACACUGGAGAACCUGCAGCUGCACAGACAGAGCGAUGACAGCACUGAUGAUGAAGAUGAGGACGGGCGGGUGAGCGACGAAGAGCUCGACUCAUCCGACCUGACGGAACCGACGCCCGAUGACAAGGAUGUGCUGGAACCUGCCGUUCACACAGGCUGAGGACACAUGCACACCUCUCUCUCUCUUUCAGUUUAUUACAGAGUUUCAAACACAAACAUUGACUCAGGAAAAUUUAAUGGACAAACCAACACUCACUCACCAACUCUCUCUCUCUUUCUCUCAUUCACUCACUCUCUCUCAAUGAUUUUGUUUAAACCUGUGUGACUUUCAUUCUUCUGUGAAAGACAAAUGGAGAUGUUGAGCAGAAUCUCUCGCUGCUUUGAUAAACAUCUGUCUCUGUUACACAGCAGGUGUGAAAGGAGAAUAAAUUCACUGCUCGUUCAUUCCAGCACACAAAUAGACGCUUGAUGUGUCUGAACUCACAGACUUAUUUCUCACAACCUUUCAUCUUUUGUCUAUGUUUGGUUUUACCCGUCAGCUCAAUCAACUCAAACUGAAAGUUUAGAAAAAAACGUGUGAGCGAUUCCUGUGUAACUAAUGAAUCCUGAUGUAAAUAACAUGUUUCUAAUAUUCAGUCUUACUGGCUUCUAUUUAUCGUGCUUUUAUUAAAAUGGAUCUGCUGAUUUCAACCGGUGUAUCAUUUGUCUUUGGGUUUAAUGUUUUUUUUUCCUGUGAGUUUAUCAUGUACUGUAUUCUGGUGCUUUUGCUUUGGGUCUGAUAAACAUCAGUCUGAACGAUGACUUUACUGACAUCUAAAGAUGAGGUUAUUUCUCACACAAAUAACACUAUAAAGACAACGAGGCUUAUUCUCGGAGCAGAUCAUCAUCAUCAUCAGUGUAAAAAAAACCUCUAUGCACCUAAAAUCUGCCUUGUUGUCUUUAUUUCUAAUCGUAGACGUUUGGGUGACAGGACGAAUAAAGAAAUAUUUCUAACUUUCUCUUUCUUCAUCUUUAGUGUUAACACAGAUCUGAGGAAACACAUGAAGGAUUUCUUACAUUAUAAUGUUUGUUAUAAUCUAAAUGUGAUCUCUUGAUAAAUGUCUUUAUGAAGGGUUAAUCAAUGACUAAUGUGUGAGCGAAUCAGACUGGAUUUUCAGUGAUGAUUGUUUGACUCAUGUAAACAGUGUAAAUGUUGUGAAGCAGCAAGACUUAAACAGUGCAAUAAGAUAACUGUAGCAGAACUGAUGUUAGCACCAUCAUGUUUGAGUCAAUGUGGUGCUAAUGAAGCUCGCUCUUUCUCUCUCUCUCUCUCUAUAUUGAUUUUCAUUGACUUGUCUUUUGCACUAUGUAUAUAAUCUUUACCAUGCUUCAGUAACUGAUGUGACGUCACGUGUGUCUUUUAUAAUAGUGAAUCGUUUGUCCAUCUGUAACUUCUGACCGAUCAUUAAUAGAAUUAAACUCUUUUCAGUAAA